GCAUCUCGAAUGACGUGUUUGCCGAGCUCUCAUCCCACUCUCCUACAAAUCGGACUUGCUAUUGGCUGCACAUGACGUUAUCUAUCUACUGAUUGGUGAAAUAUGACGUGUUCGGGACUUGAGGUGGUUUAGUGACGUUUGCGCUGAUCUCCAACCCGACAUCGCUGGUCGCUGGUCGCUGGUCGCACUCGUCAGAGCCCAACGCAACAGUAGUAAGCAGCAGUCGAUUCAUCAUCGCUCACUCCUCUUCUCCUCUUGGUUCUCUUGGCAAUCAUCUCACCAAUAAACAAAUAUUAUAAAAAUACCCAAAAAUAAAGUGAAUUAUUACAAGGAAGGUCCAUUCAAUUGAGGUCCUUCAAGUAAGUUAACUAAAGAAAAAACCGUUCCAAGUGGAAGGAGAACAUCAAACCUAUCGAUUUAGGGAGGGCCUACACAAUCCCUCCCAUUUACGAGCGUUCAACGGCCAGCAACAUUUCAUUAGCGCGAGGGGGCGAGUUUACACUGCCACUAAGAACAGGAACGAAUCUAUUCCAGGUAACAGCACCAUGCAACGGAAAGGAGAAUCCGUCAUUUGCUUCUCAUGGCGUGAACGCGCAGACUGCGUCGACGGUUAUGGCGAAAGCAAUUGUUACCGACUUGUUGGAGACACCGGUGAUGGAAAUGAAGGAACCCUGGGGCUCACUGAGUACCAAGACUUCCUCAAGCAACGAGGAGGAAAAUACAGUUUUUUCAAUUUGGGAAGAGAAUUAUCAGGACCUGAGCAACUUUUGUAUGGGCGCGUUCCAGGGACAAUGCCCUUUUCUUAUAGGUGAAUCUGAGACAGCAGAGCAUUUAGGUGAGAAAAUGGACGAUAAAAGCGUUUCGACGACUUUGGGGACAGUUGCAGUGGGUCAGGGGGUAAUUUACGGGAGUAAAACAUUGGAGAAGAACAAACAAAUAAUGGAGGGUGGGAAGGACGUUAUUAACACACAAAUGAUCCAUAAAUACAAACCCAAGGAGGAGAAAAUUGACGAGGUUAUAGGUAUGCCAGACGUAUGGUUGGAUUCACCUAAAUCAUCAAUUGCAAUGAGGACCGAUGAGUGGAUUCAAUUGGUGGAUAAUGAAAGGGUGAAUGAGCCUCUUCAGAGGGAUAACUGGGAUGUUAUUAAUACAUUCGACAAUACUGAGCAGAAUUCGUUUGAUCUACUGUCUUACUUGUGCGAUGAUAACCUCCAAUCACCAGACGGUAGUGUCUCGCCAGAUUCAAUCAAACUAUCCAGCCAAAAAAUGACACAUCAUUCAGCUUUCAGUAAUAGGAAACCAAUAAAAAUAGAUAACAAACCGGAAACAGUAACGUCGUCAAGUAUAUCAAGUUCGAUCACACAUUUGGAAACCUCAACGACAUCGUCAUUACGAACGACAAGAGCAAGAUUCAUCCCGAAAAGAUUCAAACCGGAGCCAAUGAUUGAAUCGAUACACAUCAGAACGACAAAUCGGGGAAAAAAACGAUCCAUCGAGAGUGAUUCAGAUGACCGGAUGUCCGAAUGUAGUUAUCGAGAGAGUAGAGAGAAAAAUAACGAAGCAUCGAGAAAAUCAAGAAUGAACAAGAAGGUAAAGGAGAGGGAGAUGAUGGCAAAAGCAGGACAAUUGGAGAAGGACAAUAGACUCUUGAAGAUGAAGGUGGAGGAAUUGGAGAAAAUGGUUACGUCGUUGCGAGCUGCAAUAUUGAGAUCAGCUCUAAAGAAAUAAAUUCCAAUUCAACGUAUCAUAAACAAAUAUUAUGAUUUCUAAAUGAGCUUUAUUAUGAAUAGUCCUCAUCAAACUGAAGAAAUUGUAUUUUGCUUACUUUCUUUUUUUUUUUCUCAAAUUGACACAACUAAUUUGAUAUAAGGAAAAGUAUAGUCAAGAGCAGAAAUAUUUUUUAUAGGCAUAUAAAGGAUGAUUUGUGGGGGAAAUAGAAUCCAUUAAUUCCAAUGUUAUGAAUUUUAACGGUUAUUGCUUGAGGAAAAGUGAAAAGUUUAUAAAAAUAUUGAAAAUGCAAAUUGCUGCUAGAAUUAUUUCUAGGUUAUUUCAUGUAUAUCUCUCGGUUUGGAGAAGAAUAAUAGUAACUAAUUUUCCACAUCAAAUAGUUACAAUUGUUCUUCAGAUGAAUUCAACUAAACCAGUUUUUACACAAAUAUGCGUGAAUCUUUAUGCUUCUCUCUGGUAUAAUAGUUUUUAUUAUCAAAUAUUGCUUUUAUAUUCUGUCAGCUCCGAUUUAAACCUAUUAGUUGUUUGUAGAAAUGUGUAAAUGAAAUAUUUGCAAUAUAUUAUAUAUUUAGUCUAUCAAUAAAUGCAUGUUUCCAUUAUCUUAAA